GGGUAAAAAACAUCAGUGGGAUCUAAUAAAAGCAUGACGGAACAAGUUGCUAGUUACUUCAUCUACUCUUACAUCAUCCCAAAGGAAAGUACUGGAUCCAUGGAAGGCAGAAAACAGAAUUGUGCAUUUUUAAAGUGUUGUGGAUUGAUGUAAAUUGUAUCUGGAGUUCAGUUGUGGUAUCAAGUGUUCAGGACCAUUCCCAUGGUGAACUAAGGUUUUUGGGAGCAACUCGCAUAUCAUCAAUAUUAGGCCCAGAUGUUGCUAAACUUUGCAUGGGGACUCAUUUUCUUUUAAUUUUGAUGAAAAAAAAUUUUUGAUUCAACUCUAUUGCAGUACUAGUACAUCAAGUCCCUGGAUAUUGGUUAUGGUUCAAAAAAGAGAUAUUUCUACUUCAUAUUCUAUGCUAUCUGCUGUUACCUAAAUUUUAGUCAAGGUUGACAGUUUUUCAUAUAAACUCUGUUUUACAACAUAGUUAUGAACCAAACUGAUCUUAGACUUUUAAUCUUUGUGUUUUCCUAAAAUCUAUGCAUUUUCCUCCAAAAUAAGACAAAGGUCAUUUCUCUGAGAGAAAAAGUGUUCACUCAUUCGUAGAUUGUUUGUUUUCUCGGAGGGAUAGUCCAGGACCAGCUAAAACUAUGCAGAUUUGAUUGAUCAAAAUGGUGGCUUUGGGCACCGACUAAAAAGACUGUAGGCAAAAGACAUCAGGUCAAAGAAAGCCACCACUAAUAAUAAAGGACUGGAAAAAAGAAAUGUUGGCUUGGUCAAAAGUUACCACUAACAUGCAUGUCAGUUAGCAUGACUAACUUUCAUUAGGUAAACUAUCAUAAGUAAAAAGGGUUAAAAAAAAAACUACUUAAAAUAAGAAAAGAAGCAAGGAAUAACUUGACACAAAUUUAGCACAAGGCAAAGUCAGCAACGGCUGCUGAAGACAUCAGAGAGCAUGGAAGGAAGUUGAGCAACUCAAGCUAGGGGACUCUAUCUUUAGAAAAUAGAAUAAAAUAAAACAAGUGACAAAAACUGAGACAAAAAGAUCAAAUAAGGAUUGAAGAAAAAGUCGCAGCAUUAAACAAGGUAUUUCUUCGUGACAAAACUUCUAUGUAUCCAUGUGUCGUGCACUGCUUUCGUAGACACUUUUAAUGACAUAACUGAAUGAGUGAGAUAAAUGUGGUCUUCUUUGGAGAAGUAAAUCCUGUUAAACAUAUCCUUACCAGCUAAUGUCAAUGACUAAUCGACACCUUCCAAUAGCAGUUUAGAUUAAGCUGUCAAGUGAGGGAAAAAAAGAAUCAUCAGCAAAAGGAGACAAGCAUCAGUUUGGUUAUAUCUGAUAGACUCAACCAAAACCAAAAACCUUCAAAAAAAAGGUUUGAGUUUGAGUCAGAGGAAAUAUUUUAAAACAUUAUAAGAAGCAAAGAAAAGGCAGAAAAGGAGUAAACAAACAACCCUUUGUGGUUUGAUUCACCAAUGUUUAUUGACUUGGAGCCUAGAAUCAUAUUUAGUCCUCCUGAAAACUAAAUGGAAAGAAAUAAAAUGUUGUUUGCUAGAUUUUUUUCUGAUCUAAAAAUCUAUCAACAGUCAGUUCUUUCAGUAUUUUGACUAAAACAUGUCUUCUAGAAACCUUCAUGUCUAACAGCUGUUAAUGGUUUAUCUCUGACUUUAUGAAAUUUAUCAAGUAGAUGUGUAAGAGCUUCAAAUCUACCUUCUAAAUGGGAUUUUAUGUCGAACACUUUACAGUGUGUGAUACCCAAAUGUCCAUUUUACUGGGCUGAAGCUUUCAUAACCCAUUGACACUUUUUCAUUUUUAUUCUAAGACUUUGGCAACAACCAUAGUCAACAAGUAAUUUGGUAAAGUCUGUAAUCAGUAAAUCAAGUAAUGUAUCAGAAACAAACUUUCAAAUAAUCCUAUCUUAUCUCAACAGCAUCAAGUCUACAAAUGACUCAAUAAUAAAGAUAGUAAUGAUGUGAAUGUCAUUUUCAAAACAGGCUAAGGUUGACUUAAGUCCGUGCAAGGACGUACUAAUGGUUUACCGUUGCCUCAAACCUUCCACUACACCCAACAAAGCUUACUUUACUACAGAGGAAAAAGUAAAAAAAAAAAAAAACUGCCAUUCGCAUAAGGCGGACACAAAAAGAAAAAAAAAACAAAGAAUCCAACCAGAAAGACACGUCUGCUCGAAGCAAAUUUGGAAAAAAAAUGUUAAAAAAACACGCUAACAGCAAAGUGCGGUUUUGAAUGGAACCGAAACAAAACGUAUAUUAUGUAGGACCUGCUAAUGUUGAGGGGUCUGGUAUAGUGACCGGCUCUCUACAGUUGACCUAUUUUCACAGGUUGUCACAUCAACACCUGACAUAUUUGACAAAAAGCCAACGCAGAUACUUCUAUUUUGAGGCUACAGGUUUCAGUAAAGCCUAUCCCCCCUGCUUAUCAGUACCACCGAGCUUUGGUGUGUUUAUUUCCUGUCAAAGACCAGCAACUAUGAAGUGGUUUUUGUGUCUGCACUGAACAGUUUAUUAAUCUAGUGACCAGCAAAUGCUGUAGUGUAAGAUAGGAAGUCCUUUGCAGAACAGGUACAGCAGACAACACAAAAACAGUUUUCCCUUUACUACUCAACCAUAGUUUGUUUUUCUACUUUAAAAAAACUCUGAAUUUUUCUUUUAUCCUUUUAUUUAAUUUGUGUUUUAUUGCAAUGAUGUACCUCAUGACUAAAACUUAAAGAAAAAAGAGGAAAAAAGUAAAGUUAAAGCAAUUUCACAAAUAAAAAAAUACAGUUUUCUUUCUUUUAUUACAAAAAAUGACACGAUUAUGCACUGUAACAAGUGUACCAAUAAGAUACUUGAAGAGGAGGGACUGUAAAGAGAAGAGGAAACCACCUUGUCCCACAGUCUAACCUGUGCCCCAACUUGUCACUUCAUAGUCAUGCUGCAUGGCAGCUCAGCGCACUGCAGGGAGAAGAUUCUCUAAGCACCUGAUUUUUCAAGCUGUGUCUCCUAUGAUCGGCUGUAAAAUUGCCAAAGCGCUGUACUGCUGUGCUGUUGCAAAAGCCACGGAGACUUUCAAAUCAGGCUUCUCUCUUCAGCGACUUCUACAGUACAGGCGAGCAGUAAGGAGGCUGACUACUUUUGCUAAUAUCUGUAGCAGCUUCAGAAAUGAUCCGCAUCAACAACACACAGUACUUCUACUUCCUGGAGCAGGCGGAAGCCUUACGUCGCUCUGGGUCGCUGUGUGAUGUCAUCAUCAAAGUUCAGAGCCAAACUUUCAGAGCUCACCGGCUGGUCCUGGCCUGCGCCAGCAAAAUGUUAGCUUGGCAGCUCGACCAGAAAUGCAAAGGCAGCCCGACCUAUUGCACUCUGGAGUACCUCUCAGCCCACACCUUCCAGCAAGUGAUGGACUUCAUCUACACUCAAACUCUUGAGGUGCCUGUGAAGGAUCUGCAGCCGCUCCUGAGAGCUGCUCAGCUGUUGGAGAUGCAGCUACUAGAGGAUCAGUGUCGCAAACAGCUGGACGCGGUUGAAGCCAGUAAGGACACUGAACUGAUUUCAGAUGUCAAAGAAGAAAAGGAAAGUGCAAAAGAAAGUCCCAACCCUGACAAAGUACAAGAAUUAUUUUCCUCUUCUGAGGGUGCGGGUGUUAGUACCGGCAGGAAAAACCAUUUACCAUCUGGCCUACCUAAUGCCCUCGAUGACCUUCCAUCUCCAAGGAAGAGGGAGAGAUUCUCUUUACCUGAAGCCUUUGGCAGCGAUAGGGACAGUGUUAUAACGAGGAACAGCAGCUCAUCCUUCACUUCUCCCUGUUCUUUCCCUGUGAGCAUGUGGAACUCUGAGGCCCACCUGAACACCCUGAGACGGAUAGCAGAAAACUAUUCCAACUUAAUCACAGCUCAUCCCCUGCAGUGCUUAAACCAGUCUUCUGUGUUGUACCCUUUCUCCCUGUCCCCUCAACACAUGCUACCCGAACUCAGUUCCCAUUUUCAAAACCCACUUCAGAACUCUGCCAUGGGCCUCUCAGCUUUCCGACCGAGUUGUGCACCAAACAUUUACACUGGAAACAGGCGGAUGGGCAGCAUGAUCAAGCACAGCCUGUUGAAGAGGAAAAAAUACAGCCCAAGCAUAUUGAACGGGCCAGCCAAAACUGAGGAUCAAAGUUACUCUAAAACGCACAAACCCAGCCCAGAAACAAAUGAAGACUGCCAACACUGCCGGACGAGACUCCUUGAUGAUCCACACUUGGGAAAGAGCAUAGCAGGAUGUCAGUUCUGCGGAAGAAGACAAGCGCAACAGCACGAAACAGAGAGGAGAGGAGACAACCGAGGAGAAAAACCCUACCAGUGCAAGCACUGUCCAAAAAAGUUCAGUCUGAAACACCAGCUGGAUACACACCACCGUGUUCACACCGGAGAGAAACCGUUUGAGUGCCGCCUCUGUGGUCAACGCUCACGAGACUAUUCGGCCAUGAUCAAGCACCUGCGGACCCAUGGGGGGGCCUCGCCAUACCAGUGCACCGUCUGCCUGGAGUUCUGCAGCAGCCUGGUUGCCAUGCAGAGGCACGUCAAGAGCCACGCAUUGCAGGACUUCCCCUCUGACUGGAGCAUUAACAGCACCUACCUAUACAUCUCCCACAUCUGAGCCACGCCUCAGUGAUCAUCCAGCUCUUACAGUAUGGGUGUAGUUUCAGUGUAUGCUUCCAACAGGGUUACAGUAUGAAAUCGCACAGUGAAAGCUUAAACUGAGGUUAAACAAAACAAAACCUGCAGCAAUUGAAGGCAGUUUUGCUCUUAAGGCCCCAAAGGCUGUUCAGGAUUACAGUGAUAAUAUCUACACAAACUGAAACUGUCGUGUGUUUGCAUUUACAAAAAUAGGAGAAAAACACAGCCAAUUUCCUGUGACAUUAAAAGCUUUGAAAGUUUUCAGAAUGCAUCAAAGCCACAUCAAUAUCCUUUCCUCGCUGCAUGACGCAGGAAUCCUCCCCCCAACUUUCAAUCUUAUUGGGUUGAGCCUUUUGCUUAGACUAGUGUUUAGAGCGCCCCCUUGUGGACGAGCUCCGCAGUAAAUUUUGAUGUGUUUCUUGAGUUUAGAAAAGGGGCUUCCAAAACUCAACUGGAAAAUACACCUCAUUUGGAUAAAGAGGUUUUUAUUUGCAAAAAAAAAAAAAAAAAAAGAAAAGAACAAAAAUAUAGAUUCAACUUGAAAACUGUGAGUGUUCUGCAGCUUAAAUAGAAGAAUUCUGGUUGUGAUGACAGAAUAACAGUUGAAUUUUUGAAUGUUCUUGGUUGGUAUUAAUCUUUUUGUGUUGAAAGCCAUAUGAGAUAUCAUUUUGUGUGUAAACGUUUUAUGAAAAAAAUUAAUUAAAUUAAGUCAUAUUUUGUUUAAGUGCAGUGAGAAAUACUGCUUCCUUGUGGAAACUAUUAGUAUCAGAUUCAAUCCAGACUUCAUUUAAAUGUAUGACUGGAUUUAUACAGCAUUAUUUUCAUAUGUAAGUGUGGAAAAAACAAGUUAUUGCUAAUUGUGUGAUUUUGUUUGCUAUUUAUAGAGAAUCUGCUUUCAUGCAUCAAAUAAACAAGCUUGCAAGCA